AUGUCCUGAUGGAAUGGGAGUCAACGAUUUGUUUAAAAUGAAAUGGAACGAUUACGGCUGGGGACAGACAUACGAUCCCUGCACAAAACGCAAUCCUGGCUGCGAUGGAACAUUACCUGGUAAUCAUUAUUUGUAGUAUUGAUAUUGUGUUUGCCGUCGACAUUUCAUGCAGUAUUCAUCCAGACGACAAGGAAAGGGUGCGUCGAUUUCUGGAGUCUGUAGUAAGACGCAUUCCCGUUCGUCCACCUUUCGUACAAGUCGGUAUCAUUUUGUUCUCUAAGACUGUCUACGAUAUUGCUCAGCUCAACUCGUUCAUUCGUCGUGGACAACUUUUAAAAGUAAUAAAAGAGAUGGAAAUGAAACCAAAAGAGUGUGCCACAGCUACAUAUCUGGCCCUCGAAUACGCAAGGGAAGUGACCUUCAACAAACAGAACGGUGCUCGUGAGGGCAAGAAG